UUUUACUCAUAUCGCAUUCUAGCCAGUACAGUAGGUAAGAGUUCAAGAUACCAUUGAACUAGAAUACUGCGGAAAUACAGGGUUCAAUGUUAAGCUCUAUCUCAGACAAUGAUAAUAAGUGCAAUAACAAACAAUACCCUACAAUAAGUACUAGAGUUUCAGUUACAUAGGUACAUAAAUAUUCCACAAAAAUAUACGUCUUCAGUCUGCGUUUGAGGACUGCAAGGGAAGCUGCUUUAUGGACAACCAGAGGAAGUUCAUUCCACCAUCUGAUGGUACUCAUAACCUGUCACACCAUUAAACCUAUCACACCAUUAAACCUAUCAUGGCCUUCAUAACCUGUCACACCAUUAAACCUAUCAUGGCCUUCAUAACCUGUCACACCAUUAAACCUAUCAUGGCCUUCAUAACCUGUCACAACAUUAAACCUAUCACAGUCCUCACAACUUGUCACACCAUUAAACCUAUCAUGGCCUUCAUAACCUGUCACACCAUUAAACCUAUCAUGGCCUUCAUAACCUGUCACAACAUUAAACCUAUCAUGGCCUUCAUAACCUGUCACAACAUUAAACCUAUCAUGGCCUUCAUAACCUGUCACAACAUUAAACCUAUCACAGUCCUCACAACUUGUCACACCAUUAAACCUAUCAUGGCCUUUAUAACCUGUCACAACAUUAAACCUAUCAUGGCCUUCAUAACCUGUCACAACAUUAAACUUAUCACAGUGCUCACAACCUGUUACACCAUUAAACCUAACACGGCCUUCAUAACCUGUCACAACAUUAAACCUAUCAUGGCCUUCAUAACCUGUCACAACAUUAAACCUAUCACAGUCCUCACAACCUGUCACGCCAUUAAACCUAUCCUGGCCUUCAUAACCUGUCACAACAUUAAACCUAUCAUGGCCUUCAUAACCUGUCACAACAUUAAACUUAUCACAGUGCUCACAACCUGUUACACCAUUAAACCUAACACGGCCUUCAUAACCUGUCACAACAUUAAACCUAUCAUGGCCUUCAUAACCUGUCACAACAUUAAACCUAUCACAGUCCUCACAACCUGUCACGCCAUUAAACCUAACAUGGCCUUCAUAACCUGUCACAACAUUAAACCUAUCACAGUCCUCACAACCUGUCACGCCAUUAAACCUAUCCUGGCCUUCAUAACCUGUCACAACAUUAAACCUAUCAUGGCCUUCAUAACCUGUCACAACAUUAAACUUAUCACAGUGCUCACAACCUGUUACACCAUUAAACCUAACACGGCCUUCAUAACCUGUCACAACAUUAAACCUAUCAUGGCCUUCAUAACCUGUCACAACAUUAAACCUAUCACAGUGCUCACAACCUGUUACACCAUUAAACCUAACAUGGCCUUCAUAACCUGUCACAACAUUAAACCUAUCAUGGCCUUCAUAACCUGUCACAACAUUAAACCUAUCAUGGCCUUCAUAACCUGUCACAACAUUAAACCUAUCACAGUCCUCACAACCUGUCACGCCAUUAAACCUAACACGGCCUUUAUAACCUGUCACAACAUUAAACUUAUCACAGUGCUCACAACCUGUUACACCAUUAAACCUAUCCUGGCCUUCAUAACCUGUCACAACAUUAAACCUAACACGGCCUUCAUAACCUGUCACAACAUUAAACCUAACAUGGCCUUCAUAACCUGUCACAACAUUAAACCUGUAACGGUCCUCACAACCUGUCACAUCGAGGAGAGAUUGAAUGGCUGUAUGCUAGCUAAUCUCGGAGAGAAUGAGCGUUCUACGUAAUAUUAGCAGUCUCAAAGUACAAUGAACUGUAAAUGGAACACUCCACUUACAAAGGAAACAGGAAGGGGUCAGCAUGGGGUAUCAGGGGUAUCAUGCAAUGAUACUACGGCAUCUCGCAUGCUGUGUUUGUGCUGUCAGAAAAAGAGGUACAGUAAGACUUCAUUUCCAUUCUCUGAGCUGACAAAAACUGACAAAAACAGCCUCAAGAACCUCACAAUUGCACCACCAAGAUCUUAAUGUGCACUCCAGUGGCAAAUGUCAUACCUCUAAACAGAUGAUUUGUUUAUAUGUUUGUGUGUUCAUUGAGCUGUGUAUAUGUGACCCCACUACAACUAACACUUGCUGCCCUAAAAAUGCAAACUAAGGACUCCUAAAGCAUUCCAACAAGUGAGUGAUGGUGUCUGUCUCCUUCAGGUCUUUCCACGAUGCUGAUGGUGUAUAUCGCGUGCGGCAUAGUGACGAUUGUGCUUCUGAAUGGGAUCAUCAUCAUGGUCGUUUGUAAAAAGAGGAGAAGAAAGCUGAAGAACCCCAAGUAUAUUAUGAAACGAUCAGACAAUGAGACCACCUGUCAGCCCUCAAUGCAAGGCAAAGGACGAGGCUCCUCCCCUGAUACAGACAUGAAAAGGACCACGGGAAAACAAGAGGUGUUUGAUGAUGACCAUGACGAGAUGUACCUGAAUGUUUCAAAGCCCAGUUCAGACAAUUCCUAAAUGGGGCAGUGGUACAUGUUUUUAUACAUUCAAACCAAUAUCACUCAAAUCUCAGAAAAAUUCACAGUGUUGACUAUUGUAUUCUUCAAAGGUGUUUCUAAUAAAUAUUUUUUUUAAUAAACAGAGUAGUUGCUAUAGUUAACAUGCUGCAUGAUUGGGGUGGGGAGAGCAGCCUUGUGAUUUCACUUUUGUGAUGUGAUUGGCUGUUAAAUGUGGCCAAAAUUAUUAUUAAUUUUAACUUGUGUAAUUUUUAAAUUAUUACUGUUAGGUACAACUGGGCAAAAACAGCUCAUGUCUGCUGACUUUUCCCCUCCCCUGUCUCCUGGGCAACAGAAGCAUCUUAUGCUGCACAUCCCAGUAAUGCAGGGGACCACGACCUGAAACAAAACAUCUAUCUAUUGUCUUAAAUCCUGCUCAUUAGAACAUUUAUGACAAAGCACAAAAUGUAAUUCAAUGUAUUCAAGGUAAAAAUGUUGUGCAUAUUAACAAUUUGUUUGCAUUCUUUGUGUAGCAUAUUUUGUUUUAUUUAACAUAAAACACUUUUUAUAUGAUGGAUUAGGUUCAAUGGUGUGAGUAGUUCAAAAGCUGAUAUAACUGAGAUAUCCAGUAUAUACAGAUGAUUUCAAAUAAGGCCUGUUUUACAGCUUUAAUUCUAUAAAGAAAAAAUGUACAUCUGCUUAAAAACUCUUCCUUGGAAGGGAACCUCAUGUUUUAACGGACUUGGACCUGAUCACUGUGUAGAGGCGGACUGAGGUUUGCAACACAUGCAUUCUCAAACACAGUAACUCCCACACACACACUUGAAAAGGAAUGCACUGAAGAGUUAAGGCCAAAGAUUGGCUGCUGAGCUUCUAGAGACAAGCCUGAACCUGCUGGACAAGAGGAUGGUGCAGCUGCCUACUUGUGUGUGAGGAUGGCAUCAUAUCUGAUCAUGAAGAAUCUGUGUAGCCUAAGAAAGUCAUUUAGCCCAGAAGGGACAACACAUAAAGUGCACAUCAACCUUUGAAAAGUGUCACGCCCCCUGACCCAGACUACGCCUCCUAGCUCCCAGCCCGUUACUCCUCCUAGUCCAACUAUUCUCAUUCAAACUGCCUCCCCUAAUUAUUAAAAACUUUCACCUGUUGCUCAUUUCCUCCUCCUAUUUAUACCUGUUUGUGCUUGUCCUUUGCAAAGUAUUGCCAUUAUAGUUCCAUGUGUACUGAGCAUUCUUUCUGUCUGUUGUUUACAGUCUAGCCUGCUCCCUGAUUUUUCUUAUCCCUUUCUGGUUUGGUUGUUUGGUUGACUCCCAGUCCGGUUUAUUUUGGACCGUUUUCAAGACUGCAACUUUGUUUCAUCCAUGUAUUGUGUAUGGUCAAUAUGGCUUUUGACUCUAGCCUGUUUUUUGACUCCGGCUUUGGAAUAUCACUUUUAUAAUAAAACCUCUCCGUUCACAUCCA